GAAUUACUUCCCUUGGAAGAAGAUGGAGGAGCUCGUCGUGUGACGAGAUACUGAAGCAAGAGGUUAUUGGUAUUCUGAAAUAUGUACCUUCUCUUGCAUCAUUAAAUGAACGGGCUCCUAUGUGUGGAUGAUAUGGGUUAGAGGAUGUCUUCAACAAGACGAUAAACAUUCUGAGAUUUGGACUGUAUUCAAUGCAGUCAGACAACAGAAAAUCUAAAGGUAGCCAAUCGGAAGAGGAGAUGGCACGUCACCAUGGUACUGAGUCCCGUGGGGCCAUGACCUUUGUCCCUGUAGGGCUGAACAUGCAGAAAUUCCAGUUGUCUCCCAUCUCCUGUACCUGUCGACGGUUCUAUGUGCAGAUCUGUCUUCUCCUGGUUAUUGUUGUUCUAGUGGUGCUGAUUCGGGCAAUCUCUAACGUGCGGGUCAUGUUUGAGGAGUACCACAUGGCCAGUGACACAGACGGGGAGCUUGUGGUUUUGCCUCAGCGAUUUGCACAGUCUCGUUCAGCAUUCUGUCUUGAUGGUUCAGCUCCAGGUUAUUACAUACGAUAUGGUCAGUUUCCAGGUAACACGAAUUGGAUUAUAUACCUGUCACCAGGAGCCUGGUGUAGUACACCUGCUGAGUGCUAUAACAGAAGUUUUACAGCUCUGGGCUCAAGUGUCAUAGCUCCAAUCUUCUUUCCUUUCACUGGAAUUCUGUCUGCCAGCGAGGAGGAAAACCCAGAUUUUUAUCGCUGGAACAUGGUCAAUGUUCUUUACUGUGAUGGUGGCUCCUUUCUAGGAAACAGGCCAGAGCCCUUGAUCUACCAGGGCAAGCCAUUGUAUCUACGGGGGACACAGGUGUUGGCGGCCAUUAUUGAGUACCUGCAGAUAAAUACGAACUUUGGAGCAGCUGAGAAAGUGAUCCUGGCAGGAUCUUCAGCGGGCGGCCUUGCUGCUCUCAUCAACGUUGAUCAUCUUCGUAAGAAAUUAGUGUCUGUCAAGUCUAUCCAUGCACUACUGGACGGGAUGUUGUUUUUAGACAGUCAGAACAUCUACGGCAAACAUAAGAUGCAGGACACACUGAAAGAUGUUUUCCACCUUCACAAAAUAGCAGAUGCUCCAGCCAUCCAGGAGUGUACGUCGAGUCUGACAUCGUCGAUAGCGUACCGCUGCAUGGACCCCCUUUACUUCUACAACUAUUUAUUCACACCAGUGUUCCUCAUCAGCUCUCUCCAUGACUCCUGGUACAUAAACCAUGCUCUGGCCAUCACAUGUCCAUUCAAGAAAUGUCCUCCCCAGGAAAUCAUUGUGAUAGACGAGUACAAGUCUGCUACAUUACGGGCCCUACAGCCUGUGAAACAAUCUGUUCAUGACGGUCUGUUCAUAACAUCGUGCCCUGCACAUUCUCUGUUGCUGACCAAGUGGUUCUCUCAGCAGGCUGUUAGUGUAAACAACAGCAGUCUACAGCAAGCCCUGUCAAAAUGGUAUCACCAUCAACACCCCGUCAAAUAUAUAGAGGACCGUCAGUUCUCACAAAAAAUACACACUUGUAAAACUGUCACAUACUAGUGUAUCUCCAAUGUCUAAUGUAUGGUGAAC